AUGGGCGCAGCAGCGUGGGCGACGCCUGUUGGUGUUCUUGCUGGACUUGCGGUGGCGAUGUUUGUGUUCAUAUGGUGGUGGUUCCCACGGCAUUACAGGAAGGGCAUUCAGGACGAUAUGGACAGAGUUGAUGAGGCGAAGAGACAGCGCGAGCUUGCUGUUGCAGAGGCUGAAGCACGAGGCGAGCACAUCGAUUUGGAAGCUCAGCCGAAGCAAGCACCGAGGGCAUACAUCGCACCAGUUACGGCUUAUUGA